AUGAAGGAGGGUGGUAAAAAACAAGGUGCAAUGUCACCAUGUGCGGCAUGCAAGCUUCUUCGAAGAAGAUGUGCUCAGGAUUGUGUUUUUGCUCCUUAUUUCCCUGCUGAUGAACCCCAGAAAUUUGGCAGUGUCCACAAGGUUUUCGGGGCUAGCAAUGUCAACAAAAUGUUACAGGAAUUACCAGAACACCAACGAAGUGAUGCGGUUAGUUCGAUGGUAUAUGAAGCCAAUGCAAGGGUGAGGGACCCUGUGUAUGGAUGUGUAGGAGCCAUAUCCUCUCUUCAGCAACAAGUUGAUGUGCUCCAAACCCAAUUAGCAAUGGCACAGGCAGAGGUUGUGCACAUGAAAAUGCGCCAAUUCUCAACUUCAUCAAAUCAGCAGCAACAAUCAGUGCCUCAUGCAGCCUCCAAUUCAUCAUCAGAGAACAUAUACCAAUCAAGCAGGCUCAUGUCUUCACAGACCAAGUCCCUUUUUGGCAUGGACACGGUCGUUGAUCAAGCCAACAUGGGACAAUCCUUAUGGUCAUACUAG